AUGGCUUCGCAGGUGACCGCGGAACGUGUGCGACAGCAGUUCAUCGAGUUUUUCAAAGAAAAGGGGCAUAUUUACGUGCAUUCAUCAUCCACAAUCCCACACAAUGACCCGUCGUUACUUUUUACGAAUGCAGGCAUGAAUCAGGGAACGGUUGAUCCGAACACAGAAAUGGCGGGAUGGAAACGCGCUGUGAACACACAGAAAUGUAUUCGAGCUGGUGGAAAGCACAAUGAUCUUGACGACGUUGGUCGCGACGUGUAUCACCACACAUUUUUCGAAAUGUUGGGCAAUUGGUCGUUUGGUGAUUACUUCAAAAAAGAAGCGUGCGUAUGGGCAUGGCAGCUGCUGACGGAAGUUUGGAAAAUACCAAAAGAACGCCUGUAUGUCACUUACUUCGGCGGUACAGGGUCAACCGGACUGCCACCAGACGAAGAAGCGCGUGACAUUUGGUUGAGCAUCGGAUUACCGAAGGAACGUGUGCUCCCCUUUGGGAUGAAAGAUAACUUCUGGGAGAUGGGUGAGACUGGGCCGUGUGGCCCUUGUUCGGAAAUCCACUACGAUCGUAUUGGUGGACGAGAUGCAGCCGGCCUAGUCAACAUGGAUGACCCCGAUGUGUUGGAAAUAUGGAAUCUGGUUUUCAUUCAGUUCAACAGAGAGGAAGAUGGUUCGCUACGUCCGUUGCCUGCGAAACAUAUUGACACGGGUCUAGGAUUUGAGCGCAUCUUGUCCGUUUUGCAAGGCAAGCGGUCGAACUAUGAUACCGAUCUCUUUCAGCCUCUGUUUGCCGCCAUCCAAUCGGGUACUGGUGCACCGCCAUACUCCGGCCGCGUAGGUGCAGAGGAUGUGGAUGGCAAAGACAUGGCCUAUCGAGUGCUGGCCGACCAUGCUCGAGUGCUGACCAUUGCUCUUAGCGACGGUGGACGUGCUCAAAACACCGGUCGGGGUUAUGUUUUACGACGUAUCUUACGUCGUGCAGUCAGGUAUGCCGUUGAAGUUCUCGGCGCUCCGCCUGGUUUCUUUGCCACUUUAGUUGACGUUGUGGUGACAUCUCUGAAGGACGCAUUCCCCGAACUUGCGAAUGACCCAUACACAGUCAAAGAAUUGAUCAAUGAAGAGGAACAGCAAUUUUUGACGACUUUGAAACGUGGACAACGUCUCUUGUCACGUACUAUUUCUGAUAUCAAACGUACACAAGGCGCCGCCGGCACUGGUGUGCUCCCAGGAACUGUUGCAUGGCGUCUUUACGAUACAUAUGGGUUUCCGUUAGAUCUAACACAACUUAUGGCAGAGGAGCAUAAUUUAAAAUUGGACCUGGCGGGCUAUGAGAAGGCGAAGGAACUCGCACAGGCCCGCAGUCAAACUGGUGCGGCCGGUGCUGGAGCCAUCGUGGACUUGGAUGUGCAUGCGAUCGCGGAACUGCGUAAGCGAGGUAUCCCGGGGACAGAUGAUACAGAGAAGUAUAACUAUCAAGCAGAUGCGCAGGGUAACUAUGCCUUUCCAGAGAUCGAAGCAACAAUUUUAUCCAUCCGUCAAGAAUCCAUGUUUGUCCCUGAUGUCAGCCAGUCUGGACAGUUGUGUGGAUUCAUCCUCGACAAGACGGUCUUCUAUGCGGAAGCCGGUGGGCAGCUGUACGACACGGGGUUUAUUACGAAGAUCAGCGAUGAUGCUUGCGAAUUGUGUGUGACGGAUGUACAAUAUCGUGGUGGUUACGUUCUACAUAUUGGCCGCCUAGAGGGACACUUUGCGAUCGGAGACAAGGUGCGUGUGAGCAUUGACGGUGUGCGGCGCUCCGGGCUCAUGCGUAAUCACACUGGUACACAUGUUCUAAACUUUGCCUUAAGAAAAGUUCUCGGUGAAGCGGAUCAGAAAGGAAGCCUUGUAGCGCCAGAUCGCCUAAGGUUCGAUUUCACUGCGAAGCGUGGCAUGUCUCGGGAUGAACUUCGCGAUGCUGAAGAGGUCGCUCACACUAUGUUGGAAAGCAAUGCAGCUGUUUACGCCGCUAAUGUAUCUCUCCCCAUCGGGAAAUCUAUCCAGGGUCUACGUGCCGUGUUUGGAGAAGUUUAUCCGGACCCUGUCAGAGUGGUUUCUGUUGCGGUUCCGGUGGACAAACUGGUCGCAGAUCCUACUGGUCCUGCAGGCAACACCACCUCCGUCGAAUUCUGUGGGGGAACUCACGUCCAUAAUGUGAAGCACAUUGGCUCAUUGGUGAUUGUUAGCGAAGAGGCAAUUGCGAAAGGCAUCCGUCGAAUUGUCGCACUAACUGGACAUGAAGGGGAACGAGCCCAACGCGAAGCUCAGGAGUUGGAACACGAAGUUUCCCGUUUGUCUGGCGCUAUUCACAUGGCAUCGUCUCUUGCCCUGGCCAAUGGUGAUAAGCCAGUUGAUAAGAAUAAAAACAUUGAAUUCCGCGAAUUAACUCAGAAACUAGCCUCUUUGUCUGAACGUUUGGCUCAAGCAAACAUUAGUCAACACGUCCGUGACCGCCUGCGUGCUGACUUGGGUCUCGCAAAGAAAAAGCUGGACGAUCGGGAUAAAAAUGCAAAAGCGUCAAUUACGACGCAGGUCUUAGAGGAAGCUCGGAAAUUGGUUGAAUCCUGCUGUUCGAAUAAACAAGACGGAUUCGGGAGCAAUUAUGUGGUCCAUGUGUUCCAGGAUGAAGCAAACGCAAAGGCAAUCAACUCAGCGUUGAAGAUUUUGGAAAGGGGUUGUCCAGAUAUUGCCGUUAUGGCCAUUUCGUCGGAUCCGGUUGGAAAGAAGUUGCUCUGUUUGAGCCAAGUUCCAAAGAAUCUGAUAGAUCGUGGACUCAAGGCAAACGAGUGGGUCGCCAGUGUUUCUUCACUGAUAGACGGCAAAGGCGGUGGCAAGGAAUCUUCAGCGCAAGCUGUUGGGUCACGUGUUGACUGCUUGGAUGAAGUUGUCAGAUUGGCCAACCAGUUUGCCAAAGCGAAGUUGUGCAGUUCCUAAUCCAAACAGCCGCCUUUAUCCUUGCUUGUUCUGACUGUAUGCGCCACCUUCAAACAGAUGCUUUUGACACAGGAUGAAGUGUUCUUUAUCUUCCUAUUUGCACCUAAUUGCGCUUAGAGGCUGAUAGGGUUCACAAAUCUAGCGAAGUGAUCUAUCUCGUAGGAACCAAAGUCCACUUUUUUACAAAUUUUGAUCUCACUGUGAUCGGAC